AUGAAUGGUCUCGAGCUUGACAGACGCAACGAGUCGCCUAUUUCCUACCAGAAGCCAGAUGAGAGUGAGAAGUAUGCCUACUACCGUCAGCCAAGUGGCGCACAGACGUCGCAGAUACCAAUGGCAUCAGAGCCAGCUACCAACGCCACCGAGUCUACCCUGCCGACGAGCGACUGCGAUAAUCUAAGCAAAACCUACGUCUCCACAAUUGGCACACAUACCGAAUUCAAUGUCUACUGCAACUCCGACCUAGACGGUGCUGACUUUCUUGGGGUCUUUGUCUCCUUUUUCGAGGACUGCAUGAAGACUUGUGCGAGUUUCAACUACUACCAGACUAGCAAUGGGACCCAAACCGCGAAUGCAGCCUGUUAUGGGAUGGCUUUCUAUCUAGACUACCAUGAGAAUCCGCAAGACCUGGGUAGGAGUUGCUUUCUAAAUGAUGCAAGCGGCAUCACUGCGACGCAGAGGGACCACACCAGUGCUGCUUCGUUGAUUCAAAGCUUGGCUUGA